AUGAGGGGGAAAAACGAUGAAGAUGAUGAUGAUCAGGACCAGGACAAAAAGACACUAGUGUUGGAUCCUGUGAAUAUCGAUCCAAGUCAGAUCCAAGGAUCCCUGCGCAAAGGAGAUGGCGAUAAGGACUCAAAUUGCUGGAAUUCUCCCUGGUGGCAUGGGGUUUAUGAUCAGGGGAAAACCUACCUCAAAGAUAAUGCAAAGGUGAUGGGUGGGCAGCCCCUUCUGACACUAGUAUCAGUGGAUUGGCUUAAAGUUGAUAAAGCUGUAGACAACAUCGCUCUGCAUCCGAAAUGUCUUGUCCAGGUACCAGCAAAGCCUAACUAUUGUCUGGUCAUGUACUAUGCUGCGGAUCGACCUGUAAGCGAAUCUUCCUCGCUGGGAAAAUUUGUAAAUGGGAGUGACAGUUACCGCGACUCAAGAUUUAAGCUGAUUCCAAGUAUUGUUCAGGGAUAUUGGAUGGUCAAGCGGGCUGUUGGAACAAAAGCCUGCUUGCUUGGGAAAAGAGAGGAAACAGAGUUGCCAGAGUAUAUUCUUGGGACAGUUGCUAGGCUUAACCGAAACAGAGCUUUGAACCGGCCAUUUCGUUUGAGCAUCAUCUCUGUCGUCGUCUCGCAUCGUCUCCCAUCAUCUCCAAUCCGUUGUCGUCUCUGCAUCGUCUCAGAUCUGUCUUCGUCUCAAUCAAUCGUCGUCUCUGCGUAUCGUCUCUGCAUAAUCUCUAAUCCGUUGUCGCCUCCGCAUCGUCUCAGAUAUGUCGUGUCUCCAAUCGUUUCAGAUCUGUCGUCGUCUCAGAUCUGUCGUCAUCUCAGAUCUGAUCAAUGUAUCAUUAUUUCAUGUUCCAAUCCAUCAUCGUCUCUUCUAGACUCAUCUUUGGAAUUGUUUUGGAAUAUUUAG